UAAAUUCUUUCCAUUAUUAACUAAAAAAUAUUUGAAAAUGACUACGGAAAAUACUACAGAAUUUGUUCGUGAAGAUGAUUUCGUUGAGUAUUUCAUAUAUUUUAGUGAAAAUUAUGAACAAGACAAGUUAAUAUCCUAUUUGAACCAGUGCUUAACAAUAGUGGAUAAAUAUUCGAAAAAUUAUUUAUGGCACAAAGAUAAAUUUAAUUUACGUUUAAUAAAUAAAGAUGAAAAUAUUUUAAAUAAGUGUAUUGGCAUUGAGAAAACGGAUGAUUCACGACCUUAUUUAUAUGGUGUUACCCAUUUUGGGGAUAAUAUUGAGGAUGAAUGGUUUAUUGUGUUCUUGUUAUUCCAGUUAAGCCGUGAAAUUAGUGACAUUAUUAUUAGAGUUAUUGAUAAUGAUGGCGAGUUUUUAUUGAUUGAAGCUGCAAAUUCUUUACCUAAUUGGGCCAAUCCUGAAACUUGCGAAAACAGGGUAUACAUUCAUCAAGGAAAAAUUCAUAUAAUCCCAAUAAAAUCAGAAACAGAUAAUCCAGUAACAAUUGAAAUAUCAGAAGCAAUACAAGAAAUUAUUCAAAAUCCACAAGUCACAGAGGCAUCCAACGCAAUCCAAAAACAAAUAAAUACACGAAUUCAAGAUUAUCCAAAAAAUUUAUCAACAAAAUUACAUAAGGCCACUUUAUAUUUACCAAUUGGUGUAGCCGCAAUAUUAAAAGCCAAACCACAACUUGUCGCACCGGCAGUUUUAGCAUUUUGCAAUCGAGAUCAAAUUGAUUUAAAAGCAUGCAGGGCUAUGCGUUAUUUUCCACCAGAAAAUCGUGUUUUGACCAGUGUUAUGUUUACAAAACACUUAUAUGCAAUGCUAAGUCAUAGUAAUUAUGUUCCAGACCGACGUACUGGUUGGAAUCUUCCUCCGUCCAAUAAUCAAUUGUUUAAAGCACAUAAUUUAGGUCUUAGAUUAGCUUGUGGAUUUGAAAUUUUAAUUUCACAAGCAAAAUCUCCUACAGAUUUGGAAUCAGAUCGAAGCUGGCAUAAUUUUAUGAAGAGUUUAAAUAAACAAAAUUAUUUUCGAGAUUUGUUAGAACAUUCGAAAGAGUAUAACGAAUUGUUGGAAAAAGCUAAAGUAUAUUAUAAAGAAAAAUGUGAAACUGCACAUAGUACUCCGUUAAUUGGAAAAGAAAUUUUAGAUUUAAGCAAAACGUUAGAUUUCAAUGAGGAAGAUUUAAAAAUGUUGGAAAAGAAUCUACCCGAAGAAGAUGAUGAUUCUUGGUUGAGUGUAAAUCCUACAGAUAUUGAUAAACUAUUGGAAGAUAGAUAUGGUAAAAAUUUCGAAAAUGGAAAUACGGAUCCUGUGAAUUUAACAAAAAAAUUAUCAGAUUUUAUGAAUCAGAUAUCAAGCUACGAUGGUGCUAUAUUUCCGAGUGAAAGUUCACCACCUUCUCGACCGAAACGAGGUGUGAAAAAUACUAAAAAACCUAAUGAGGGUAGGAAUGAAAGUCCUGCUAAAACUGAUAUGAAAAUUAAUUUCGAUCCAGAUGGUUUUUCGAAUGCAAUUCAAAAUAUUCUAGAUUUAGCAAUUCCUGAUGAUAGUUGGGAUUUAGAAUCAGGCUCAGAAAUGAGUGAAUACGAUAAUGAAACAGAAAAUAUGUCAUUGGAUGAACAAAUGGGUGAAGUUGAUGUAAACAUUAAAAAAUAUAUGGAUGCUAUGGACAAAGAGUUGGCAUCGACUACUAUUGGUCAAAGUUUUGAAAAGAAACGAAAUGGUAACGUUGCAGCUAUUGCAGAAAGUGAUAAUUUUGAUGAUAUUGAAAGUUUUAAACCGAUUGAUAUUGAUCGAAAUGCAUUAAAAAAUAUACUAAAAAGUUGGGAAUCACAAUUAGGUGAUGCAGGUCCAGCUGAAAAUUUGUUAGGUCCUAUGGGUAUUAAACUAGAUGAUUUAAAUAUUGAUGAUGAUUAAAAAUAUACGAAGUGUAGAGAGUGUCGUGAUUGGUAUUCUAUUUAUUGUGGUUAAAAUAAUUCAAGACGUUUGCAGACUACAGUCUACAUGCAGAGAGCGAUUUGUCGUGACGAACUACGGCUUUUUUAGUCUAAGUGGGUGAUCUACGCAAUCGCCUUCAAUCACCUUUCUAACUAAAAAAAAUUUCAUCUCGUAAACAUACAAAAUAUCUACCUAUUACUUUUUAUUAUUGGUCUAGGUUAGAUCUCUCAUCCCUAAAACGAACUUUGAUCUCAACCCGCUUCGUUGCCACAGAUCGCAUUCUACAUGUCACCGUAGAGCUUAAAUAUUUUUGAUAUCCAAAUGAUGGAAAGCCGAGAGAAAUUGCUGAACUAAUCAAACUCAAAAUUUUAUUUUUAAUCAAUAAAAAAAAAGCGAUUUUCGGCAGCAUAACAAAAUUUUAAUUUUCAAAGUAUAAGUUCAUUGUUCUACCCUAAAGGAUGAUUUAUUUAUUACCACAAUAUGUGCGCAUCUAGCUUGAUUACGCACCGCGGCUGAAUGUAAAGAUUUGAGAUCAAUUUAACCACUUUAAUAAGGAUACUUUUGUCUAAAAUAUAAAUUGUUAUUUUAAUCGUAUGCAUAUCGACAAAAUAAAUUGCAGAUUCAAUAUUUUUCAUCGUGAGAAAAAGUAUAUUUUAUGUUUUGUAUAGAUAGAAUUGUUUAAACCUCGUUUGAAAAUAUCCUCGUUGGGAGUGUUGGAAUUAUAAAUCGAUCCACUUAAUAUUUUUGUGCUCAAAUUUUAAAACUUUUUUUUAAGAAUCGU